AUGGCUACUGAACAAUCAUCUCCAGAAUCUCCAUCACGAAAACGUCCACGUCGUUCAAAACAAGAACCACAACAUAUAAUCGAUAAUUCAACAACUGAAGAAACUGAAAUGGAUACAACAUCAACUAAUUCCAAUAAACGAAGUUCAAUUAAAAAAAAAACAAAACCUUUACAUUCUGUUGAUUCUAUUGAUACGAGUGCUGAUUUAUAUGAACCAGGUGAUAUUGUUUGGUGUAAAUUAGGUGGUUUUCCAUGGUGGCCAGCAUUGAUUUAUCGUUGUAAUGCUGAAGGUGGAAUACAUACAAAAACAUUGAAUUCAAAUAAUAAACCUAAGCGAUUAUUUUUUGUUUAUUUUUAUGGUAAAUAUCUUGAAUAUUCAUGGAUAUCAACUCGUUGGUUAUUAAAGUAUGCUGGAUUAAGUAAUUUUAUUCAACAUGCUGAAGCUGCUGUACAACAAGCUUCAACAAAAUCUGAACAACAAGAAUUAGCUAAUAGAUAUCAAUUAAAAGUUUCAAUGAAAAAACGUGUACAAUGGGAUGAAGCUAUUGAAUUAGCUGAUCGAGCAUUAACAAUGACAAAUGAUGAAAGAAUUAAAGAAUUUAGUGAUUUAUUAAAAGAUGCUUCGAAUCAAUCAAAAUCUGGUGUACGUCGUCCAAAAACAUCUAUUGAGAAAAGUCAAAAUGAAGAAGAAGAUGGAGGAAAUAAACAACAUGCACGAGAUUCUUCGAUAUCGUCUGUUAUUUCUAUUCAUGAUGUAAAUGAUCGGAUAAAUACAGUUGAAAAAUCACCUGUAUCACUUCGAAAAUCUAUAUUAUUAAAUCAAAACGAUUCAACAGCAUUAUCAGAAGAUGAACAAGUAGUAAAAAAGAAACGUGGACGAAAACGAAAAUCAGAAAUACCAAAUGAAACAAAUAAUAAUAAUUUAUCAAAUUUAACAAACACAACAACAAAUGAUAAUGAACCUAUGAAAACUCGAACAAGAACUUUAUCUCCAAAUAAAGAUCAAACUGUUAAAGAAAAACCAAUACGUAAAAGUCGUCGAUCAGCAAUAACAAAUGGCAAUGAAAUUGAAUAUGAUGAACCACCAUUAUCACAUCGUUCUGAUCAGCAAACAUCAUCACCAGUUGUUCAUCUUAUUCAAGCAAAUAAUCCUCCAUUAUCAAAUUAUGAACAAAAACAAAUUGUUGAAGGUCUUCUUCAUCAUCCAAAAGAGAAAACUUUGACAUUUGAUGAAGCUCAAACAUAUGCAAUUAAUAAAGCAAUUGAAAUUGUUUAUGAAAAUCAUAAUUAUCGAAUGAAUAAUAUUUCACCUGAAUGGUUUUAUGAAUCAAUCUUAUUAAAAUAUCCAUCUGUUGUAUUUAAAUAUCGUUCAUGGUUUGAACAUGUUAAAAUUGAUGUUAUACCAAAUGGAAACGAUAUGAUUAAACUUAAACAAUGGCAAAUUGCUCUUAUGCUUCAUGCACAAAUAAAAUCUGAACAACAACAACAACAACAACAAGAAUAA